ACACAUUUAUGCUUUAGAAGCCUGAGAAGAAUAGAGAGACUGAGAGACAUGAUGGUUACAUUUAGAUGGAUAAAAAUGUUUCUGUUCUUUGUACUCAUGCUUCAGUUUGGAGGAGCACAUAGUCGAGAUCUUUUGUUCUCCUUCACUGUCAGAGAUGGAGAUAAAGUCACUUUGCCUUGUGAAAACGUGAUCAACAAUCAUCACAACUGUCACACUACUGUCUGGCUCUUCACUGAUUCAAGAGGCACAGCAUCAGUAGAGCUGGUUGAUCAUGGACAGAUCAAAGAAUCAGACAGAUCAGACAGACUGAGUGUUACAGCAGAAUGUUCACUGGUUAUAAAGAAGGUCACAGCUGAGGAUGUUGGUCGUUACACCUGCAGACAGUUUAUAGGCAAUCCAGGGAGACAGCAAGGUCUAGAUGCUGUGGUUCAUCUGUCUGUUGUUCACAUGACUGAACAGAAGAAAGCUGAUGAGGUGACUUUAAACUGCUCUGUGUGGACAUAUAAACGGUGUAAAUACAAAGUGAAGUGGAUCCAUAACAGUGAAGCUCUGGAUAGAGAUUACUCAAAUUUAAAACCAUUGGAGUCUUACUGCUCUGCUACUGUGACUUUUCUGAACCUUGCAUACACUCACCUAUUGACUUAUGACUUUAACUGUAGCGUAACAACAGAAGAUAACAAAGUGCAGCUUUUUACCUUCAGCACUCAGUCAUCAGGUGAGGAAUCAAAUACUGCAACAACAAUAAAAUCAGAAACUACAACUGGAAACACAACAAAAGAGCUGGAAAUCAUGGAUGAUUCAACAAAAUUACCAGGCUCAUGCUGGUACAGGCUCAUCAUUGUGCCUCUGGGUUUAGCAGCACUUAUAGCAGCUGUUGUGGUCGUCAACAUCUGGACAAGAGCUGGUGUGUAAAGAUGGUGAACUAUGAAAAUGUCCAAUCUUCUGAUGUAGUUUGACCAACCCUCCAGCUUCUGUCAGAUCUCACUGAUCAGCACAUCAACAUGCUUUAUAUUUGCACGAGGAGCAGAAGCUUUUAAAAAGAGACUCGCUAGUUUUGCUUUAGUCACAGUUUGAACAACAAUUUUGAAAUCUUGAUAUGAUCUUUUUAGAACCACAGUGACUUUUCUAAACUGCCUGCCUGCAUCAGCUGUAAAAAGCUCUUUCUCCUUGUACUGUGUUUUUUGGAGGUGACCAUUGUUUUUCAUCAGUUUUCAGCAGGCAGGGGGCGCUUUUGGAGGUUUUCUGGACCACAAAGAUAGGAUCACAUGUUUGACAUGUUGUUUUCUCUUUCUGCAGAGGCCUCCUGUACAGCAUGUGUGUUGUAAAAAGAAUACACAUACCUACAUUUUUCUUUUACAUCUGCAUUUGCUGAUCAUUUCUGAACUUGGAAAACAUGCUCUCACUAUUAUUUCCAAAACACUCCUGUCGGCACUUUAAUCUUGGGUAAUAGAUUUCAAAGCCAUUUUUCAUUUCUUUCUUUUUCAGCUGCAGAAACUUAGUUUAAAGUUUUGAGCUUAGUUUUAUGAGCCUGAGCCUGGAUACAAAGUCAUUUGUAUCCAGGUGUGGUCGAAUCUGGUCUGCACUCAAAUGAGUUUUGAUUGACGAUGAUGUAAUCACACACACUGUUAUCUUUAAUGGAUUUGAACAUAAUGCAAUCUUUAAAAUAAAUAAAAAUUCUAAGCAGAAAGUCUGUUUUGCAUCUCA